AUGAACCGCGCUCUUUUCCUUCUCAUCAUGUUUGCUAUCUUUAACAUAACCGUCAGUCAAUUCUAUCUUUCCACUUGUGCCAGAAUGGACGUAUUCCUUCUGGAUAAAGCUGCUAGAGCAGCAUGUAUCACGUCGUGCAGCAUUCAGAACUGCGGAACGGGAUAUUGCAAGAAAAGAAGUGGACGAAAAACAUGCGUAUGCUACCGUUGCGCCAAUGGUGGAAACGUCCCACUGGAUUCUCUAGUGGGUAAGAAAGGAAAAUGA